AUGACCCGGCUGCGCAGCGGGAGGCUCCCGCCGCCACAGGUGAAGAAAUGCAGAGCUCCGCUUCAACCCAACAUGGCCGCCCUGCUGAACUUAGCGGUGUGGCUCCUCUGCCUGCGGGCUCUCUCGGAGGCGGAGGACAGUGACGCCCGAGAGCGGCUCUUCCUCAGGUCCCUCGGUCUCCCUGAGGGGCCGCAGCCCGGGGGAGGCCGCCGCCACAGCCGAGGCCCCGUCCCCUCCGAGCUGUGGAGGAUGUUCCGGAGGUCGGAGGGCGGCCGGGCCCGCGACGGCGACCCCUGCACGGUGUCCGAGUACGGAGUGCGCGGCAACAUCAUCCGCUACGUGCAGGACCAAGGCGGGCUGGUGUCGGGUUGGAGCAGCAGCUGUCAGGCCUGUCUGGUGAAGCAGCUUUUCUUCAACGUGUCUGUCCUGCAGCCUGCGGAGCUGCUGUCUCUGGCUCAGCUGGAGAUCAGGCUCCAUUGGAUGCCUCUGAGGCCCGCCGGGCUCCUGCGGGGGCCCCGAGCCGUCAGCGUGUCGCUCUCCAAGGUGAUCCGAGCCACGCUGCGGGGAGCCGAUCCCCGGGCCAGUCGCAGGCUCCUGCUGUCGCAGUCGCUACGGCCGCAGCUGGGACCCGCCGCCAUCACCGUGGACCUGACGCCGUUGGCGGAGAGCUGGCGCAAACCGGGUCACAACUACGGCCUGGUCGUGGAGCUGAGUCCGCCGCCCGGCGCGGAUCCGGAGGAGCUCGCGCCUUUUCUGCCGGGCAACGCCUUCCCACUGGAGGAAGCCUGGACUCUCCCUCUGAUGGAGGCCUCUCUGGUGCUCAUCUCCCUGAACCCGCACCAGUGUCGCUCCCGGAAAAGGAGGAGCGCCGUCCACCUCCCCGUGACGCCCAGUAACAUCUGCAAGGCCCGUCGCCUCUACAUCGACUUCAAAGACGUGGGCUGGCAGGACUGGAUCAUCGCCCCGCCGGGCUACAUGGCCAACUACUGCCACGGCGAGUGUCCGUUCCCGCUGAGCGAGAGCCUGAACGGUAGCAACCACGCCAUCCUGCAGACGCUGGUCCACUCCCUGGACCCCCAGAGCACGCCCCAGCCCUGCUGCGUCCCCAUCCGCCUCUCCCCGAUCUCCAUGCUCUACUACGACAACAACGAUAACGUGGUGCUCCGACACUACCAGGACAUGGUGGUGGACGAAUGUGGCUGUCGUUGAGACCGGUGACCAACAGCAACCGGUCCGCUUUUAAGUUCUGUUUAAGGUGUUUGUUUUUUUGACUGGUGAAUGAGAUUCCCUUUUUCUCAUCACUGUUAGCUUAGCUGUGAAUAGAGCUUUCCAUGGCUGUAUUUUUUUUUUAGUAUAGGAGUUAGUGAUUGUAAAUGGAGUAAUAAUUGUAUUUGUCCACAAAAAUGACAUUUUUAAUAAAGGCUAAUGUUGAAAAAUC